AUGAGGACAUUAAUUAAAGAUGCAUAUGUAUGGAGUUGGUGUGCUAAGACAGUUGAAAAUUUGAAAAAUAAUAAAUUUAAUUAUUAUAAUGGAGAAUUUAAAAAAAGAGAUUUUUUAGUGGAUAAUAAUAAAAUAAUAUUAAAUUUUAAUAUAAAUGAUGAAAAAGAUAUAAAUGUUUUAAGUUUCAAAGAUAAAUAUAUUAUUCCAGGUUUAGCUGAUUCUCACAUGCAUUUAGCUUGGACUUCUGAGGUUAAUGAAUUCUGUGAUUUAAGUUAUUGCCAAGAUUAUAAUGAUAUAAAAAAUACAUUACAGAGAUAUUAUGAUAAGAAGAAAAAAGAAAGCAAGAAUAAUGAAUACAAAGGAGCAAUAGUAGGAUUAGGCUAUAAAUCAUUCAAUAAAGAAGGAAAAACAAUACUAGAUAGGUUUAAAUUAGAUGAAUUAUUUGAGAACAAUCGUGUAGUUAUACUAUCUGUUUGUUUACAUUUUGCUGUCUUAAAUACAAAAGCUUUGAGGCAUUAUGAUUUAUUAAAAUAUGAAAACGAAGGAACUAUUUUAGAAAACGUAUGCUAUUACAAAAAUGAAAAUGAGUUGAAAAAUAGCAACUUAAUUAGAGGAAAUAGUGUUAGAAUUUUAAAUGGUAUUAUUAAAGAAUUAUUAGUUCAAGAUAUUUACUUAAACCUUUUAAGUGAGAAUUUAAAUGAAUUAUUAAGAAUUGAAAAAAUAAAAAAAUUAAUAAAUCAGCUAAUUAAAACAGGAUUAACAUCUGUUCAAACAUGUGACCAGAAUGUUGGAGAAAUAUACAAUAAGCUAGAUUUACAAGAUCUUCUCAAUAUGAGAAUAUUUCACACAGAAUUUAGUAACUUUAUAUUUGAAUACUUGUUUAAAUAUUACGAUAUAAAUGAAAAUGAAGCAAAUUGCUAUAAACAUUUAUUAAAUAGUUUGCAAAAUGACAAAGAUAGAAAUCUUGUAAUAAAAAAAUUAAGAGAACGUUUUUUCUUUUAUGAUAAUCAAAUUAGAAAUGAAGAAAGCAAUAAUAGUUAUAAUAAUAAAAACGAAAGAAGUCUAUUUAAUUGUGAUAGAAUCAAAUUUUUUUGUGAUGGAAGUUUGGGUGGAAAAAAUUGUGCUGUUUAUAAACCAUUUAAAAAUGCAUCAGAUGAAAUAAAUGCAAACUAUGGAGACCUUACUGAACCAUUACUUUUAUCAGAUAAAUUAAAAAUUGUAAAAUUAUUAAAUUUGAGAAUGGAAAUGCAUAGCAUAGGAGAUAGAUGUGCUGAUUUUAUUUUAAAUGAAGUUUCAGAUGUACUUAAAAAUCCUGAUAGACUGAUCAUCGUGCAUGCACAAUUAUUAAAUAAAAAUGCUAUAGAAAAAAUAAAGCAAUUAAAAGUAUUAAUUAGCUUACAACCAUCAUUCUUACCAAGUGAUUAUAAUUAUAUACUAAGUUAUAUUGAUAAUUCAUACAGAGAAUGCUCAUAUUUAUGUAAAACAUUAAUGGAUAAUAAUAUAAUUAUAUCUGGUGGUAGCGAUUCUCCAGUAGAAGUAUAUUCCCCAAUUAAAGGUAUUUUUGAUUGUAUGUUUAGACAAGUAGCACAUGUUUUACCAUUAAGUUUCAUAGAAGCUGCUUUUACUGAUGAUAUAUUAGUUGAAAAAAAGAAAGAAUUGGAUGAUAACAUAAAGAAUAUUAAAAGUAUAAUUGAGAAUUCUUAUGAUGAAAAAGAAAGAUUAUCUUUUGCUGAAGCACUGGCCAUUUACACCAUAAAUCCUGCUUACUUAGUUAAAGCAGAAUUUUUCAAUGAAAAUAAUAAAAUAAAAUUAGGUGCAAUAGAAGAAGAUUCCUGUGCAGAUUUUGUUGUACUCGAUAAAGAUAUUUCAAAAAAUAGUGAAAUUAAUUUAUUAACUUGUAGAAUUAACCAAGUUUGGGUUGAUGGAAAAGUGAGAUAUUCCAAUUUGGCAUGUGAAUAA